AGAGAGAGUGAGGAAGUACUGAACGGUGGGAUAUCAUCACCAUCUAUUGUAAAUGUUCAGGAGAUGGUGAGAUGCAAUCUUUCAUGCAUUCCUGACAGAUUCAAAAGGAGCGAAGAAGAUAAAUCCAAAGGUGUUGAUCUGUCUGUUCUUUCACCUCAAAUUCCCGUCAUUGACUUGGCAUUACUUUCAAGUGAGAAUGUUGAGGAGCUAAAGAAGCUGGAGUGGGCCUGCAAAUGCUGGGGCUUUUUUAUGGCAACUAAUCAUGGAAUACCAGAAGAAGUAUUGCAGAGGGUGAAGGAUGCCGCAGCUGGGUUUUUCGAACUACCAUUCGAAGAGAAGAAAGCAUACUCACUGGACUCGAAUGAGAUGCAAGGUUAUGGGCAGCCUUUCAUGGUCUCUGAGGAGAAACUGGACUGGUCAGAUUCACUAAUUUUGAGGAUCUAUCCCUCCCAUUUUCAAAAACUCAAGUUUUGGCCAACUACUCCAGCAGACUUCAGAGACACUGUCGAAACAUAUUCCACUGAAGUAAGAAAAGUUGCAGAGACACUCCUUGGCUCUUUAUCUUUGACGAUGGGGAUGACUAAGGAUGCACUUCUUAGGCUACACAAAGACAUGGCACAAGCUUUGCGUGUGAAUUACUAUCCUACAUGUCGCAACCCUGACCAAGUAAUCGGUAUAAGCCCACAUUCUGAUGCGACCUCCAUAUCCAUACUCCUGCAAGAUGAUGAUGUUACUGGCUUAGAAAUCCAGCAUGAUGGAGGAUGGGUGCCUGUUCAUCCGAUCCUAAAUUCCCUGGUCGUGAAUAUUGGAGAUGUUAUAGAGAUGUGGAGCAACGGCAAGUAUAAUAGCAUCGAGCACAGAACCAUGGCAAACGAGAACAGGGCAAGGAUGUCCUUGGCGACAUUUUUUACGCCAGACACAGAUGUGGAAAUUGAACCACUAGAUCAUAUAUUAGAUCCUCAAGGGUCGAAUAGGAUAUACAAGAAGGUCAAGUACGGAGACUAUCUGACUCGUUCUUUGUGGAAGAAAAUAGAGGGCAAGACUAAUCUCCGAUUCGCCAAGUACAACGAUAAAGUAGAAUCCUGAGUUGUAGGGACUCCCUUGAACCACAGAUAAUCAAAUUGGGCCUCCUGUCUCUUAGGUCUAGUGCGAUGCAGGAUAAAUGUGUGCUCCAUUUCCUGUACAGCUUGUCCUACGUCUACUCCAACAUCAAGAAUCUCUGUCUUGUCCUUCAAUCUAAAUUUAGAAUUCCAUGUUUAAAACAGCAGAGCCACAGAACUAAUAAUAAUAAUUAUUAUUAGGAAUCAA